AUCUCGCUUCCCUUAAUAUUUGCCGUGCGCUAAAAAAACCUCACACAAUCCAAACCUGUAAAAACCAUCAACAACCCCCUUCCUCUCCGCAUGGACCUAGAAGGUGAACUUAACCGCCUCGAUCUGUCCGACGCCGACGCCGCCUCUUCCUCCGGCGUCGACGGUGGGUCAGAAUCUCGGAGGCGAAUAUGCGACAACUGUAGCCGACCCGAGAACGUUUGCCUAUGUGGCUCACUCCCUUCUGAACCCAUCUCCACCGCCACCCAAAUCGUGAUCCUCCACCACCCCCACGAGCACCGCCACAAGCUCUCCACUGUCCCAAUCCUCACCAAAUGCCUCCUCAACACCCACACAAUCGUCGGCCGCCGCCUCCGCCACGGCUCUUCCGCUAUGCUCGACUCCCUCCACUCCUCCUCCUCCACCGACCAAUUACCUCGCGCCAUCUACCUCUUCCCUGGCCCCACUUCCACCCACAUUUCCCAGUUAAACCCAAAGCCCGGUACCGUGCUAAUCCUUUUCGACGCCACCUGGAAGCACGCUAAAGAAAUGGUGGACGCGAGCGCAGAGUAUUUGUCCACCUUUGCAAUAAGGGCCUGUUUAGAUUGCGAUUUUGGAGAAACCGGCGGAAGCAUGUUCGAUUCGGAGUUGAUUCUCCGGAAAGAACCCUUUCGUGGCUGCGUCAGUACGAUGGAGGCCGCGGCUCGGGCUUUGAGGUUUCUUGAACCCAAUGGGCCUGAGAUCGAGAGUAGGUUACUCAAUGUGUUGCGAGAAAUGGUUAAAUUCCAGGCUUCUCAUCUAAAGCCCAUGAAGCCUAGGCCCAAGUUGUUGAAAAAGGGUCAACCUAAAAAAGAACAAGAAUGACGAAAUAUUUUAGUGAAUUCUGAAUAUGUUUUUUUUUAUAUAUAUAUUGGAUUGUGUGUGUGUGUUUUUUUU